ACAAAAUAUGUUGUAUUUUUUGAUAAUAACAAUCGGCAAUCAAUUUUGUUUUUCUUUUUUAGUUUAAUAUUAAAAAAGUUUUAAUAGUGUAGUGAAUGUAUGUAAAGAGAAAUUUGUGUGUUUGUUAAUCAGGAUGCUUGGAAAUCGCCUAAAAUUUGUUAAACCAGAAGACGAAUCUCUCUACCCAAUUCGCAACAAAGAUGGAGCCAUCGAAACACUUAUAAAUCCGAACACUGAUUCAGCACUUGUCAUUGAUUCUGACUCACACUCUAAUUUCGUUUAUAAUCGCUACCACCACUUACCUUUAGAGAGUCAACGACAGAAAUUACCAAUUUUUCAAUACAGAAAUCAUAUUUUAUAUUUGCUGGAGAAGUAUCAGACUUUAGUGCUCUGCGGAGAGACUGGAUGUGGAAAAUCAACUCAAGUGCCACAGUAUCUGCACGAGAUAGGACACAAAGUGUGCGUCACACAGCCAAGGGUCACGGCGGCUGUGUCGCUUGCGUAUCGCGUGGCCCAGGAGAUAGGAGGCGCAAUCGGUCAGGAAGUUGGCUACGCCGCCGGCAUGGUAUCCGCCAGGACGCCAGAAUCUGGGAUUGUGUUCAUGACGGAAGGCGUAUUGCUUCGAGAGAUGUUCGCUUCGCCUCUGCUGAUGCAGUAUUCUUGCAUCAUACUCGAUGAGGUUCACGAAAGGUCACUAAUGACCGAUGUGCUAAUGGGAUUAUUAAAAAAAAUAAUUAAAAAAAGAAAGAAUCUCAAACUGGUGAUAUCAUCGGCUACGAUGAACGCGGAAUUCCUGAAGGACUUCUUCAACACAAGCGACAAGAAAGACAGAAACAAACCCGCCACUUCGGUCGUGAUGUCCGUGCAGGGGCGGACUCAUCCUAUUGAGAUAUAUUACACUCAAGAACCAGUUCCGGACUAUGUGAAAGCGACCGUUGAUACAGUCAUUAAAAUACACGAAAAUCAACCGUCAGGUGAUAUUUUGGCUUUUCUAACUUCGCAAGAAGAGAUCCACGCGGCCCUAGAGAGCCUCGAGCAGUACUCGGAGCAGACGCAGGAGCGCAACAAGUCCCGCAGCCACUUCCCCAGCGGCAUCAGGGCGGCGGAGUUGGUGGCGGUGCCGCUGUACGGCGCGCUGCCGGCCCGGCGCCAGCUGCGCGCCUGCCUGCCCGCGCCGGCCGCCGCGCGCCGCGCCGUGCUCGCCACCAACCUCGCCGAGACCAGCCUCACCAUACCCGGGAUCACUUACGUAAUCGACUGCGGCUUCCACAAGCUGGCGUACUUUGACCCGGCCUUGGGCGUGCAGGCACAGCACGCGACCGCGGUGUCCCGGGACAACGCCACACAGCGCGCCGGACGCAGCGGCCGCACCGCCCCCGGACACUGCUACCGUUUGUACACUGAAGAUGAAUACGAGAAGCUGCCGGAGAGCGUCCCGCCCGAGAUGUGUCGCAGCGACCUGGCGGCGGUGCUGCUGCAGCUCAAGGCUCUCGGCAUCCACAACCUGCUGAGGUUCUCGUUCCCCACUCCGCCGCCUGCCAAGAGUCUGCUGUCGGGCCUGGAGACUCUGUACGCGCUGGGCGCCAUCGACCACAGCGGCGACUUAACGUCGGACGUGGGGUUCCGCAUGGCCGAGCUGCCGGUACCGCCCAUGGCUGCGAAGAUGCUCUGCAGCAGCGGUGAGCUGGGCUGCGUGGACGAGGCUCUGAGCAUAGCCGCCAUGCUGCAAGUGGACAGCGUCUUCAUCAAACCAGCCCACGGACGCGAGGCCGUCGCUUCUAAAGUGUCCCGGAGGAACCAUUUUGAGGUGGCGGAGGGCGACAUCAUCAUGUACCUGAACAUAUUCGACUCGUAUCUGAAAGUGAGGAGCUCGUGUGACGACGCGAGGAAGUCAGAGCGGGCGUGCAAACAGUGGUGUCAGAGGUACCGCCUCAACCACAGGGUCCUUGAGAAGGCGGCUGAUAUACGGGAUAGCUUAGAGAAGAUCGUCAAAGGGAAGUUUAAUAUUGAAAAUAAGGUCUUCGAGGGUCCCGAUCUCGGCACAGCGAAAUGUGAAAGAGUGAUGAAGUGCGUCCUGUCCGGGUACUUCCCGCAGGCCGCGCGCCUCGCCCCGGCCGGCGCUUACCGGGGACUCCGCGGGGCCGAGCUCGCGCUAAGCCCCGACAGCUGUCUGUACGCCGCGCCGCCGCCGCAGUGGGUGACGUUCGCGAGCGUGCAGUGCUCCCGGGACCGCACCUACAUGCGCGACGUGAUACCCAUAGACCGCAGCUGGCUGCUGGAGCUCGCCCCGCACUACUACAAGGAAACUUGACAACCCGACCAAUAAAGAUU